AAAACAGUUAUUUUCGAAAAAGCUUUUUCUUUUUUUGACAACUACGAGUGUUGGAACUUGGAAAAGCUAGAACUUGAAGAUGAAGGAAACCCCCAACACACUCGCUCUCUAUGCUACUACUGAUUAACCGUAAUCACUAUUCCACAGUUAUUUUGUUUUUUUUAUAAUCAGCACCGGGAAUUUAGGAAUUAGGGUUUCAGAAUCGUGUUUCAGUUAUGAAUGGUUCUGGUUUAGGUGGUGGUUUUUUGAGUGGUUCCACCGGGGGUAUUUUGGACAUUAAAUCUCCAUUUCAUAGACAUCAAUCAGUAACUGGUAAACACCAUAUGAAUAUCAUGACUGGUUUGGAAAGUGAUAACAAAAUUGGUCUAGUUGAUGUGAAAAAUUUGAAUGUUGUUGGGUUGAAUUUCGGUAAAGGGAAAGCAAUUGCUAGCUCGAACUCGAAUCCGGUCAAUGAUAAUGACAUGAGCGAAGACGAUGAGGCGGAAGAUGGGAAUUGCGAGAAUUUGUUUGAUGGUGGGAAAGGUAAGAAGGGGUCUCCCUGGCAGAGAAUGAAGUGGACUGAUGAAGUUGUUGGGCUUCUUAUAGCGGUGGUGAGUUGUGUAGGUGAUGAUGGGACGAUUGGUGGUGUUGAUGGUGUUAAAAGGAAGUCUGUUGUUUUACAGAAGAAGGGUAAGUGGAAAACUGUUUCGAAGAUAAUGAUAAGUAAGGGUUGUCAUGUGUCGCCGCAACAGUGUGAGGAUAAGUUUAAUGAUUUGAAUAAGAGGUAUAAGAGAUUGAAUGAGAUACUUGGUAGGGGAACUUGUUGUCAAGUGGUUGAGAAUCCUGCGUUGAUGGAUUCGAUGACGAACUUGUCUGGUAAGGCGAAAGAUGAUGUUAGGAAGAUUUUGAGUUCAAAACAUUUGUUUUAUAAGGAAAUGUGUGCUUACCAUAAUGGACAAAGAGUACCGAGUAGCCAUGAUCUUGACUUGCAUGGUUAUUCGUUGGAACACGGGAAGGACUCGAGAGAUAACGAUGGGUCUGAGGAUGAAGAUGAGGAUAACAAUGAGAGUGAGGAUGAUGAGUUGGAUGAUGAAAUUAAUAUUAAUGCACAUGGGGAUGGUGGGAGGAGGAUGGACGAGUUUUUUCAUGAUCGAGAUAAAUUAAGCGAGGAGGAUGGUCACUCUUGGCCGGGAUCUAUUAGGAUGAAGAAACUUGAGGUUGAAAUGGCAAAGGUUUUUCAAGACCCUGCAAAGUCACCGUGGGAGCGAAGAGAAUGGAUUAAGGCGCAGCUGUUGGAGCUUCAAGAGCAAAAUGCCGAGUACCAAGCCAAGGCUCUUGAACUUCAGAAACAACGGUUUAAGUGGUUAAGAUACUGCAGCAAGAAGGAUAGGGAGAUGGAGAAGAUGAAGAUGGAAAACAAGCGAAUGAGAUUGGAAAAUGACCGGAGAAUCUUGAAACUGAAGCAGAGAGAGCAGGAGGCAGAUUUCAGUAGGUCCGAGAUGUCGUUAGACCCGACAACCAUCGGUAUCAACACUAUCAACACACCGCAAGGGAGAGAACAUGUCAACUUGGCUAGACAGCAGUAGCUCCCGGUAAGGAAUGAUCAUCAUUGCUGAAAUAAAUAAUGUAUGAAGUGAAACCCUUUUGCUUAUGAUGCCUCAUAGUUUGUUAGAACAGUUAGACUAAUUUAUCACGUUAAUUAAUAUAUAGAAGUUCUUGCCCUUGAAAAUGAAUGCUAUUUUGAUUCUGUUCUUGGAUUUUGAACUAUAUAUGGUUGAAAAGUUCACUAGAUGUUUUCCCUUUGAA